UUCAAACUGCGAGACAUGGAGGCAGGUUUGAGGAAAGAGAGGAAAGCGAGUAAAAGUAUGACUCUUAACAAAAACGGCGAGCUGGCCGGUGGCUGUAGUGCACGGUUGGUCCAGUGUAGUGAUCCGAGCAAAGAGAUCGCAGCUGCGAGCGAACAGGACAGUUUGUGCUGCGUCCAUCCGGAAAGUCCAGCAGAUUUAAGGGCAGAAGUGUGUCCGCGUUCACCCGAGAGCUCCGCCGGGGUUGCAGGGAUCAGUGAUGAGAUCCAGCUGCCCGUCGCAGAUGGAGAUGAAGAGUUAGUGCGAGUGGAGGGCGCGGAGAAGGAGAACCGCAGCAGCUCUGCAGGAGUUUCUGGGUCAUCAGCGAGGAGUCGACUGGAAACAAGCUCCCUGCAUACAGAUGCUCCACUCCCUCCUUUGGCCAGGCAGGAGGAUUCUGAAUGUAGAACAACAUCUGCGUGGCAGGCUACAUGUGAUGAUGAGGAGAUUGCACGAAAAGGCAGAGAAGAAGGACGCGUGGACGUGGUGUUUCCUGGGUGCGUGACGCCAGAUGGCUGCUGUAGGCUCGUCUGUGAGCUUCUCAAGUGUGUCCUGUAUCAGCGACAGCAGCUGCCCAUGACCUAUGACCAGAUGGUGUUCUUCCAAAAACAGCAGCACACAUCUGUACAGUCUGAGGAAGCCAUAGUCAAGAAAGCCCCCAAAACAUCUGGAGGCCUGAAUUGGCAUCGAUGCCAGCGGACACUGCAAGAGCUAGACAACGUGCUGGGUAAUCUAGAGGCUCUUUUCACUCUCAGCCACGUGCCACGAGUGCUUUUCAUGCUGGGCGGAUCUACAAUCUUUCCUUCUGAGCUGUACGAGGUCAACAUGGAGGCUUUGGCUGUGGGAGGUGGCGAAAGGAGUUUGAGGACGUCUUUGUGUCUGAGGCAGCUUUUCCGCACUCUGUUUGUGGCCGACUUGUUAUCUGACGUAAAACCCAUACGCCUCAUGGCUACUACAAUCAUGGCCCUUGCCCACCGGGACUGUGGCGUACCAUGGUUUAAACCAAAGGUUGACUUCAAAGUUCCCACAAGGGUGAAGAAGCAAGUCAUUUCAUUAGUCUGCGACACUUCAUUAAGUGAGCAAUCAAAGGCAGCCACCAGAGACUGGGAGGAUUAUAUAUGGUUUCAGGCUCCAGUGACUGUAAAGGGCUUUUGUAAAUGACAGGGAACUCAAUGAAAGCCAGUCAGUUUUAAUAGAAAGUGUGCUUUGGAGUGAUAUCAUAGAGCAACAAUUUUUGGUUCCCUACAGAACUUUUCAAGGGAUGGUUCUUUUAAAGAAAUGUUUUUAUAAAUGAAAUGUGAGUGUGAAGAACCUUUUUUUUUUUUUUACAUAUGUUAUGGUUCUAUACCAUUUGAAGGGUUUUCCCUAGAACUUGGACAUUUAUAUGGCUAUAUAAUGGACAUUAUAUGUUCAGAUUUUGUUACGAACCCUUUCUCACAACUCAUUUAAGUGGUUCUUGUAUGGAAUCACACUUCUGUUUUUAAGAGUGUAUGUAUGGUAUACAAUAAUAUACAACUCCAUCCUCAGGGAUUUCAUUUCAGUCAGUUUUACAUGCUUCAUUCAGGACCUCAUUUUUUUUUUUUUAUUCUUUUUUUAUUAAACCAUUAAUUCACUCAGGCGACGGACACUAUCAAUGUCAUACUUUCCUGUCAAGUUUCAUGUUACAAGUUACAGGUUAUUAUAAAGAAAUACAUACCAUGGAUGCAUUUUCAAAGUUUUAAUCUUUCCAUCAAAACAAAAAUUAAAUCAUGUGGUAAGCAAGUCUAAAUUAUUUCUCAAUUAAUUUCAUGAGUUUUGAUUUUAUACCUAUUGGUUGACUUUUAUACAUGUGCCCAGUAUUAUCUGUCUGUCGUUUUCUAUUAAGUUGUUUUCAAAAGACAAAGUACAAAAACUGAAAGUCA